GCACCGCUUUAACAAUCCAAAAAAAUGACAAAUACUGUGUGAUGUCGAUCGCGUCUUUAUUUUUUUGUUUAAUUUAGUAAAUUAACAUAAAUCCAUCAGUAGAUCAAAUCGGCUGAGAAAAUAUUAUAUUUUCAUUUGGAAUAGGAUCAGAUGACAGUGUACUGUAUUGUAAUUUAGACGAAUUUAGAUUUGUGAUUUAAGGUUAAGUCAUAUCAACAUGGUUCAGGCAGCAGAAGAAAUGGAACAACCUGACCUGCCUCAGGCAGUUAGACUUCUCAAGGAAAUGAACAUGAAUAUUCAACAAGUGACACAACUUGUAGAUAAUAUGUUGGUCCGAGUCAAAACUGGCGAAGUCACAACAGACAAAGGAUUGAGCUUUCUGGAGAUGAAAUAUCAAAUGCUUCUUAGUUAUCUUAUAAACUUGACUUACAUUGUAUUACGGAAAUGUUCUGGAGAAAAAAUUGAGUCAGAUCCUUCAAUUGACAGAUUAGUAGAGUUGAGGACUGUACUUGAAAAGAUUCGACCUAUUGACUCCAAACUUAAGUAUCAAAUUGACAAACUUGUUAAAACUGCUGUUGUUGGGGCUACGUCUGAUGAAGAUCCACAGUCAUAUCAUGCGAACCCAUCUAAUUUAGUUAGUAAGAUUGAAGACUCAGAUGCUGAAGCCAGUGACAGUUCAGAUGAUGGGGACAAUAAGAAAGACAAAGCAAACAAAUCUAAUAUCUAUGUACCUCCAAAAUUGGCAGCUGUGCAUUAUGAUGAUAGCAUAUCAAAACAUGAGAGUGAAAUGAAAAACAAAGAAAAGUCAAAAAAACAAUUCUUGAAUUCUAGUGUUAUGAGAGAGCUCCGAGAUGAGUAUUCAGAAGCACCAAUGGAGGUAAGUUCAGGAAACCAAAUCAAGCAAUCAAUAUCUAAGCAGGAACAAGAAAAAACAGAGUAUGAAGAAAAUUAUCUUACACGUUUACCUGUCACGAAAGCUGAGAAGAAUCGCAGACGUAAACUGACAACUGUAGGUAUGCUAGCAGAUGAAAUCACAGGCCGAUCAGCAGCUACUCGUAAGCAUAAAAUCAAGUCAAAAAAGGGUAAAGGUUUCAAACGAAGGCGCACACAUUAAUAUGUAUCUCAAUUUUCACCUCUAUAAUAUUUGAUUUAUGCUAGUUAUCCUGUUAUUGUCAGUAAUAAUAAUAUUUAAUGCAACAUAA